AAUAAUUGAAAAUUCUUAGCAACAAAAGAUGAAUCAGAAAGUCCAAAAAGAUAUCGUCAACAGGAUGAUCGCUAAGCAUGGCAAGAAAGUCACAAAGCCUGAAGAGGACUUCCCCAUUGGAUUUGAGUCUCAUAUAGAAAUGCCUACGAGAAGUCUUGAUAAAUAUCUACAAGUUGAGCAUCCUGAGGAUCUUGCAGAAGAGAUCGCUAAAUCUGUCGAAUCAAUAUAUGACACUAUUGCAACAAACACAGAAAGAGUCCGUGAUUUAGCCUCAAAAACUAGGGUUAUCGGCUGGAAGAAGAAUAUGAAGGACUCUGAAGCUGAAGUCUCAAAAAUCUUAGAGAAAACCAAUGCUACUCUUAGAGAGAUAAGGUAAAGGUAUAGAUAUAUUGAAUGCAACCAGGAGUCAUGAUAAUUGGCAGUUAAAACCGAUUC